GAAGGCUUCACGCUGACGCCGUCGCUGAUCCACCCGCGGUCGCGCGGCUCCGUGUGUUUGAGGGACGACUCGGACCUGCCGCUCAUCCGCCCCAACUACCUCACGGACCCCGAGGGCUACGACCUGAAAUUGCUGGUGGAUGGGGUCAAACUCUGCCGGGACUUGGGGCGCCGCAUCUGCGCGGACGUCGGCGCGACGGAGGUCCACCCGGGCCCGGCCGUCGAGACGGACGCCGACGUCGAGGACUACGUGCGCAAGUACGUCUCGACGAUGUACCACCCCGUCGGCACGUGCCGCAUGGGCGACGUCGUCGACGCGGCCCUGCGCGUACGGGGCGUCGCCGGCCUCCGCGUCGCCGACGCGUCCGUCAUGCCCGACAUCGUCGGCUGCAACACGAACGCGACGUGCGUCAUGAUCGGCGAGCGGUGCGCGGACCUCGUC